AUGACGCAAGCAUUGCUAGUCUCCAAUGUUCCCCAAGAUCUGACCCACUCUUCGGAUGAAUUGUUUGCCUGCGAGAGGCUUCCCUGUGAUAUGCCACACUUGCUUCCAGAUAAUUAUGGAUUUUGCCUUGUGUGGUCUGAAGUGGUGGUGAUCAGAACAUUUUUGAAUGUCUUCAUCAGCCUAGGAUUGAGUGACUAUGCGAACCUGAGGACUCUCCAGCCGUCACUGUUGCUGGAGUUUGACCUGCUAUUGUCCUGCAGAAUCUGGACCGCUUGGAAAGCAAAGCUGGGAAGUAGGAUCCACGACCGUACUUUGCUGCUGGAAUGGCUGUAGAAUCCCGUACCUGGCUGGUCGCUCUGUAUUCGUGUUUUGCUUACUGUGGCAGCUGAUAAAGCAUAUCAACCCAGGUGCCAGUAGAAGAUGAUGUCUUCUUGCGUUAGCUGUGAUAAAGAAAAAUAUGUUUUUGAUGUGUUACUUCGUUGGUGUUAGGAGAGCGGAUGUGAUUUUCUGUUUUUGUCAGGUUCCCUCAUCUGGAUGAUCAGGUUUUUAUUCUCUUGUUUUGUUCCUGUGAUUGAGAGUGCUGUGCCGUUUUUCCAUGUUGCUUCCCCUGUAUUUACAAAAUCGUGCCAGUGCAGUUCAUCUGCAUCGUAUUACGAUGAAACGUUUCGUUACGAAUUAGUAAGGUUGUUUUGUUGAGAUGCAUUCCCCCUUAUCUAUGUCCUCCUUGUUCCUCUUUUUGCUGUUCCCUUUUCCAUCUCACAUCGACGUCAAUGGUCCAUAAAGUGGAGAUGCUUGGGAG